AGAACAUAGAUGUAGGGCAUUGGCAGUGAUAGUAACAAUGUAAAGUUAACAAGUCCCCAAAUAAACACAAUCAUUUCCAUUUUCCUCCGACGACUAUAAAAUCUCCAUCCCCCCUCUCUUCCCAUUCACUCGUCCAAAAAUAUACAUCAUACAUAUAUCACCAAAUUAAUUGUUAAGGAUUACUCCGUAUAAUUUACAAAAAUGGAUGAAGCCAUCUUCAAGAUGCUCGCCGGAAACCCCACCACCGACUUCUCCGCCCCCGCCGCCCCAACCCCUCCGCUUUCCCGGAGGUGCACCUCCGUCAGGAGGGCCAAUCGGGACGGUAGCUCCACCGUCGUCGGCGGUGUGAAGUACCGCGGUGUCCGCCGCCGCCCGUGGGGCCGCUUUGCGGCCGAGAUCCGAGACCCCAUUUCGAAGGAGAGGCGGUGGCUUGGGACCUACGACACCGCUGAAGAGGCCGCCUGCGCGUACGAUGCGGCGGCCAGGGCCAUGCGGGGGGCGAGGGCGAGGACCAACUUCUUCUACCCGCCGCCGCCCCAGCAUUAUCCCGCCUUCCUCCACCGCCCCAUGCUGACGUCACUGAACAGUGACGUCAGCAUGGGCUCUGAGGCUAUUAAUAACACUCCAUCUCCAUACUUCUUGAGUCAAAUCUCUUCUUCGUCGUCACACUCGGGGAAUAAUUCCAUUUAUACCCCUCCGGCAUGCAUGGCGGCGUCACCUCCCUCCCUGAAAAUGACGACGGAGGCGGCGGCGUUCGAUCGGAGCGAAGAGAUAUUCAGCUCCGGAGCGGAUUUCUUUCAAUCUCAGCCGUCGAAAUCCGGGCUUUUAGAAGACGUGGUUAACGGCUUCCUCCCGAAAUCCCAGCCGUCAAAAUCCGGGCUUUUAGAAGACAUUGUUACUAGCGGCUACCUCCCAAAAUCUCAGCCGUCGCCGCCUCUAUCCGCCGGUGACGGUUUUGAUCAAAAUGGUGUCUUGGGGGUCACCGGCGAUCGUUUCGAGGGAGGAGAUUUUCGGAGUUUCAGUUACGAUACGGCGCCGUUUCAUUUUCCCGGUGAGUUCCCGACGUGGGGCGGCGGCGAAGGGGGUGUUUGGGAUUAUUUAACUGGGAAGCAACAGCAUAUAUAGUACUUUUAAUAAUGACUACUAAUGGUUUUUUUUACCGAAUGAAAAAAAAAUUGCAUGUGAAAAUGCGCGGAUAGAAUUUUGAAUGGGCUAAUUAAUUUCCAGGGGAUACACUAAAUUCAAAUGAAAUCAUAGUUAACCAGUUUUUGUGGUCUAAUGACAGUGGUUAAUUAAUGUGAAAUAGUAAAAGAAAUAACCCGUAGAGAACAUUGGAUUUAAUACGGAGUAAUUAAAUUAGUGUUGGUGUU